AUGGAUCGUUCCUGGAAGCCAGCCUUCUGGGCUCUCUUCCUCAUGGUGCAGCUCGGCCUCGCCUCCACCGUCGCCGAGAAAAUUGGUCUCACGAGCAAGCCCGUGGCAUCACUCAGCCUCGAGGAGAUUGACGAGCAGCUGCAGCAAUGCUCGAUAGUCCAAUCCCUAACCUCCUCCAAACUCGCCUCCCUCUCCGAAACCCCCUCCCUCCUCUCUCGCGCCUUCGGAACCCUCUUCCCCGGCUCCCCCGCCGUAAACGCCCUCCUGGCGACCCUCUACAUCUCCGGGCCCCCCAACUUCCUCCUCGCCCUCUGCCCGACCGACAUUGACCCCUCCUCUCUCUCCGUCAUGGUCGCCUUCGCCGUCGGAGGGCUCAUGGGCGACACCUUGUUCCACCUGCUCCCCGAGAUCUUCCUCGGCGAGGACGAGCCCGAGCGCGCGCGCCUCGUGCUCGUCGAACCGAACCGCAAUCUGCUGCUCGGCGUCGCGAUCCUCGUCGGUUUCAUGACGUUCGUGGCCAUGGACAAGGGACUGCGCAUCGCUACGGGCGGGGAGGGGCAUUCGCACGAUCACGGUGGACACCCGCAUGCGCAGGAGCACGGGGAGGCCAAGGCCGAGGCUGUGUCGUCUGCUGUGGAGAAGGCGGGCAAAGUCACCUCGCGCAAGAAGAAGGCCGGGACCGACUCCGGAUCUGGAGCCGACGGCGCCGUGGACAAGCCGGAGAAGGAGAUGAACCCCAGCGUGAGACUCGGAGGCUACCUGAACCUGAUAUCCCGCAGCGCCGACUUCACGCACAACAUCACAGACGGCCUCGCCAUGUCCGCCAGCUUCUACGCCUCCCCGACCAUCGGCGCAACCACCACCGUAGCCGUCUUCUUCCACGAGAUCCCCCACGAGGUCGGCGACUUUGCCCUGCUCGUGCAAUCCGGCUUCAGCAAGCGCGCCGCCAUGGGCGCCCAGUUCGUCACGGCCCUCGGCGCCCUUCUCGGCACCCUCAUCGGCAUCGCCGUCCAGGAGCUCGGCGGCAGCAGCUCCGGCUCCGGCGAGGGCGGUAUGCCGCGUAACGCGGGGCUCUGGGGUACCAGCUUGACUUGGGGCGAUUUGCUUCUGCCCUUCACCGCGGGUACCUUCCUCUACGUCGGUACCGUCGCCGUUAUCCCCGAGCUGCUCGAGACGGGCCCGAACAAGAUGGCCGAGCUGCGCAAGACCCUCGUUCAGUUCGCCGCCAUCGCUGUCGGCGCCGGUAUCAUGUUGUACAUUUCGUGGCAUGACUAG